CCAAUCUCAGCCUCGUACAUUUUAUAUCUUAUUAUCUGUUGACCAGAAGGCGGAAAAUCAAAUGGGAGGAGUGCAACUGCAAAGCGGAAUUUUCUGAUUAUGUUCACACCGGCAGGCGGAUAAUUUGACGGGGACCGGAUCACCAAUAAUUAUUCUCAAGGGAUUAGAGCCGAAAGAAUCAAGAAGAGGAGUUUUAUGGACAUUUUUAGUUUCUCAAUAUUUAAUUUUAAACAUUUUUCACCGGAGUAUUAUCUACACGCUGUCCAUUCUCUAUCAGGAAGGAAUUUGUUUCGAGGUUUUAUGCAGCGCGCUGUGUGUGCGCUCGUGUCACCUCCAGACGAUGCUUCACUCACGAGUCAAGAUGAUGAGGCAGCAGGUGCUCGCGCUUAGCGCGCUCAUAUUUCUCGGUCUGCCUCAACCAGCCACUUUACAAACACAAGAAGUUUGCACUGGCACUAAGAAUGCACUGAGCUCCACAGGCACUACUGCACAACACUACAACAACCUGAAGGAGCGCUACACUGGAUGUGAGAUCGUCAUGGGCAACCUUGAGAUCACACAGAUGGAGAUGAACCUGGAUUUCUCCUUUCUUGGUAGCAUCAGAGAGGUGACAGGCUACAUCCUCAUUGCUAUGAACCAGUUCAACAGUCUGCCUCUGGACCAGCUCAGAGUGAUUCGUGGAAGCAGUCUUUAUGAGAAGGAAUGGGCCCUUUCAGUCUUCCAUAACUUCGAAGGCCAAUAUGGCUUGGAGGAUCUGGGCCUCACCAAUCUCACAGAAAUCUUGGAAGGGGGGGUACAGAUCGUCCAGAACAGAAACCUAAGUUAUGCUCCCUGGAUCAACUGGCAGGACGUUGUCAGAGACAGUAGUGCUCUCAUUGAGAUCCAAAACAACGGAGUCAGAGGUUUCUGUUAUUCUGCAUGUGGAGGGUUCUGCUGGGGUCCAAGCAAAGAUCAGUGCCAGAAGUUGACAAAAACAGUGUGUGCGCCCCAGUGCCAUGGCCACUGUUUUGGGACCAAUCCCAAUGAGUGCUGCCACACGGAGUGUGCUGGAGGCUGCAUUGGACCAAGGGACACUGACUGCUUUGCCUGUCGGCAUGUCAAUCACUCAGGUGCCUGUGUCCCUCACUGCCCUUGGCCUCUUGUAUAUAACCAACAGACCUACCAGCUGGAGCCCAACUCUGAAGCCAUGUAUCAGUUUGGUUCAAUCUGUGUACACAAAUGUCCUGCACACUUUGUUGUGGAUGGCAGUGCAUGUGUGAGCAGCUGCCCUCCUGGUAAAAUGGAAAAAGAGAAAAAUGGGAUUAAACAGUGUGAGCCUUGCAUUGGCCUCUGUCCCAAAGUAUGUGAGGGCACUGGUGCCAAUCACAGACAGACUGUGGACUCCAGUAACAUAGAGAGCUUUAUCAACUGUACCAAGAUACAAGGAAGUCUACAUUUUAUGAUCUUAGGUAUCAAAGGAGACGUCUAUCAUAACAUACCACCUUUGGAGCCUGAAAAACUCAAGGUGUUUAACACUGUCAGAGAAAUUACUGGAAUUUUGAAUAUUCAGUCUUGGCCCGAUGAGCUCAGCGACCUAUCUGUUUUCUCCAGUCUCACAACCAUUCAGGGAAGAUCUCUGCACAAGCCCUUCUCUUUGUUGGUGAUGAAGAUUCCCUCGCUUACAUCUCUGGGACUGAGUUCCUUGCAUGAGAUUAGUGAUGGCAGUGUAUACAUCAGUAACAACAUAAACCUAUGUUAUCACCACACUAUUGACUGGAGCCACAUCUUCACCGGUAGCAGCCGGCAGCGCAGACGAAACAACAACGACAUCAAAGAUAACAAACCCCAGAGCCAGUGUGAGGCAGAGGGCCACAUAUGUGACCCAUUGUGCUCAGAUGCAGGAUGCUGGGGGCCAAGUCCAGAGCAGUGUUUAUCAUGCAGGAAUCAUAGUCGACACGGCACCUGUGUGUCCCACUGCAACCUCUUCUCUGGCGAGCUACGGGAAUUUGCAUCACCAAACGGCAAGUGCCUUGCUUGUCACCCUGAGUGUCAACCUCAAAAUGAGAGACAAACAUGCCAAGGAGAAGGUGCUGAUCAGUGUGUGGCUUGUUUAAACUUGAUGGAUGGUCCCCACUGUGUUUCCACCUGUCCUAAUGGAGUUAAUGGAGAAAAGGGUCAGACAAUAUUUAAAUACCCUAAUGCAGCAGGUCACUGUGAGCCCUGUCACCAAAACUGCUCGAGAGGAUGCACAGGCCCAGCACCCAAUGACUGUGUAGAUAUAGACAGACUUGUGAACAGCUCUCAUAUUGCAGGCAUAGCAGUUGCUGUAUUUGCUGGUAUCAUUGUGCUCCUGGCUGUGUUUGUGCUUGGUGUGCUGUAUCACAGAGGCCUGGCAAUCCGCCGCAAAAGAGCUCUAAGGAGGUACCUGGAGAGUGGUGAGAGCUUAGAGCCGCUGGAUCCAGGAGAGAAAGGGACAAAAGUUCACGCUCGCAUUCUAAAAGCACAAGAGUUGCGAAAGGGCAAGCUUCUGGGCUACGGAGUCUUUGGCACUGUGAAUAAGGGUUUUUGGAUACCUGAAGGAGACUCUUUAAAAAUCCCUGUGGCUAUAAAGACAAUCGAAGACCGCAGUGGUCGGCAGACCUUCACAGAGAUUACUGAUCACAUGCUUGCAAUGGGAAGCCUGGACCACCCUUAUAUAGUGCGUCUCCUUGGGAUCUGUCCAGGGACAACCCUCCAGCUCGUCGCCCAGAUCAGCCCUAACGGAUGCUUGCUGCAGCACCUUCGCCAACACAAAGACAGCCUGGACCCCCAGCGUCUGCUCAACUGGUGUGUGCAGAUCGCUAAGGGCAUGUAUUAUCUUGAGGAGCACUGCAUGGUCCAUAGGAAUCUUGCUGCACGAAACGUGCUCCUGAAGAGUGACUACAUUGUGCAGAUAUCAGACUUUGGGGUUGCAGACCUGCUCUAUCCUGAUGAUAAGAAAUAUGUGUACAGUGAACACAAGAUGCCAAUAAAAUGGAUGGCAUUAGAGAGUAUCCUCUUCAGGAGAUAUACACAUCAGAGUGACGUGUGGAGCUAUGGGGUGACAGUAUGGGAAAUGAUGUCACAUGGAGCUGAGCCAUACACCGCCAUGCAUCCACAUGAUGUGCCGAGUUUACUGGAGAAAGGAGAGCGAUUGGCUCAACCACAGAUAUGCACAAUAGAUGUCUACAUGGUCAUGGUCAAGUGCUGGAUGAUUGAUGAGAAUGUAAGGCCUACAUUUAAAGAACUGGCUAGUGAAUUUACACGUAUGGCAAGGGAUCCACCUCGGUAUCUUGUAGUGAUGCCUUCUCAGAGUAGUACUGGCGCCAAUGAAAGCCACCAACGGUACAUUAAAGUGCCUCAUUUAGAGGAAGACAUGGAAGAAGAUGACGACAAGGUUUUGGAGGAGGGCUUUGCCACACCUCCCCUCCACCUGUCACCAGCUAGAAGUCAUUCUCGCCUCCGUAUGGCCUCCUACAAGGGCACCCAAGACCACAUUACUCCAGUAGGAUAUCUGCCCAUGACCCCCGGCCAAGGGGACGAACCUAGACAGGUCAGAGCCCAUAGGAGGAAGACUGGCUCAGUGAGGACCGAGUCAGAGUGCUCAGAGUGUAGAGGGACCGUCGUGGACAUGGAAAUGGCUGAACUCACUUCUCAAACAGGUAGCCUUCGCAGGGGUCGCAGUCAUAUGGACAGCGCUUACAUAUCUACCAGUGUGUCUUUGGCCUCAGACCAAUUCACACCAGGUGUGGAGGGCGUAGAUGAGGAUCAUAAUGGAUAUAUGCUGCCAACAGUCACCCGCAACCGAGACAGAGGUUCCAGAAGCACUCUUCUUCAUGGCAGGAAAUCAAGAGGCUCCAGGAGUGCUCUUGCACCUUUAAUACCAAAAACAGACACCACACAAGAGUAUGAGCUAAUGAGUAAACAGUCUCUUUGGUUUUCUCCUCCACCCACAGAAACCACUGAAAGUUCAGCUGUACUGAGUAAAUCAUCUUCUGCUGCCUCACCUUAUACUUGCAGUGGUAGCAUUUUACCACAGAACCGAGACUCCAGUCAGGGCACCACUACCCCUGAUGGGGACAGCCAGAAGUCUGCAUCUUUUGAGGAAAGUCAGAUUCCAGCAGCAGCAUCUAAUGAAGGAAACCAGUCUGAAAGGUAUUCAUCUGAGUGCAUUGCUGAAAAAGGAGAGCCCACAGAGGAGAGGCAGCCACAAGAGGCAGUAGUGGAGUAUGAAUACAUGGACAUACAUACAGAGCCUGUUCCAGAAUGCCAGCAAAACACUGAGAGUGCAGCAAACUCAGGUGAGAGGGUAAGGAAUCCAGAGGAGCUGGAGAAUGGCAUCAGAGAAGCAGUUUACCAAAAUGUCAGUGAGCUGCCUAGGUUGAGAGCAACACUGGGUACGAGAUAUCAGGGAUAUGAAGAUUCUGAUGGCUCUUUAGGGAACAAUGAGUAUGUGGACAUGAAGGAAUCUGGGAGAACUAACUCUGAUGGAGAUCAGACAGAGUAUCAGAACAUUCCGGUAAAGGGAAGGCAAGUUGUGGGUGUAGAGUCUCAAAGGACUAGUCUUAGAUCCUACAUGAAAGUGUGCACUGGAGUGGAGGAGCACACUACUUCAUUUGAUAACCCAGACUACUGGCACAGUAGACUCUUCUACAAGCAGGAUGCUGUAUGCACAUAAUUACUGAAGUAAAAAUUUCAAUUUACUAACACAAACAAGGUGAUGAAUGAACAAUGCAAACAGACAGGACUUGCAUACCCAGCAUUUAUCUCAGGACAGCCACAGGCUGUUCAUUUUAAGUCUAGGCCUUCAGUGCGAUUCAUGCCAUUAAGAAAACACAGUUUCACAAUUAAUCAUACAUUACGUGGCUGUCAACUAAUAAUAACAAUUGACAUUUUAAAAACACGUCCAUGCACGAAAGCCAGAACUUGAAACGACAAUUAAUGCUCAAGCAAGCCUAGUUUUAACUGCAGCAUGACUGUUUUGUGAAAUGAAUGUCAAAAAUCAUAUUUUUGUGAGUACACAUUUAUGCUGUGUUCCAGUCACAUUGGAUGAGGGAUAUUCCUAUUGAUAUCUCUGAUAAUGAAUGCAUUCCAUUCUCCAAUAUUCAGAACUGCAACCGUUAGAUUAGCAGGGGUUUGACUGUCAUUAGAGAUGUCUCCUACCAACCCAACUGAUAAACAAGGCUGCAGCACUACCAUUUGUGCUUCAGGUGUACAAUUAUCAACAGAAAUUAUAAUGUUUUAUACACCUGUUCCUGCAGCCAUUUGUUAAACAAGCUUUAAUAUCAUGUAAUGCAGAAACAAACUAAUUUAUUGAAUUACUUAAUAAAGUGAAUGUUUAUCACUUUGUAUAUCUCCAGUGUCGACAUAUUUAUGUGACAUCAUGCACCUGCAUCUCUGUGAAAUCAGAGUUGAGAAUUUCUGCACGAGCCAACAAGUUGUAAUUCUGACUUCAAGAUGCAUUCCAUUGCACUUUUCCUAGUAGGAAGUUGUAAAAUCCAAAGUUAGACUACUUCUCAAAACUUGAUCUGACACUGAAUUGUCAAGCAGCCUAAUUUAAACUUAGAAAUCUCCUGCUGUUGCUUUAACAAUACAAAAAGCCUUUACCAAUUUAUUUGAAGUGAAAAUCAGUCCUCCUUUCCUGUUUAAUAAAUUAAACAUUCACACGAUCAUGCAGAACAUCUCGUGUUUUUAAAUCCAUAAGGAUCUCUAUCUCAAUGUCGAUAGCAGCAGUGAUGAUGAUAUGGUGCUCUUUGCUUUCAAAUUACAUACAUCACUUAAAGCGUGAUUGCGUCACUCAAGGCCAGCUAGAAGGCUUCGACCGGGACAUAUCCUAAAGAUCAAACCCACUAAGAACAAAUAAAUCAAUCUAAUUGGCUGAUGAAUCUGACAAUCUGACAUUAGUUGCUCAUUCAUUUGCACUGUUGAGGGAUUCUGUGGAAAUUCUGAAGGCCUGACGGUGUGGAUGGUACACACAUUAGUCACACUUUGCUUGUAAGCAUCAAGGAAUAAAUUCUGACUGGAUAAACUUUUUGUUUUUAUCUGUUUGUUUGUAGAUUAAAUUAAGAGUGGGAAGCAAUUCAAAAUACAUAGGCAAAAAGGUGAUUGAGAAUGAAAGGAUGAAAAAUAUUUAUUUAUUUGGCAUGUUAGGCCAGCAACGAAGGCUUUGCUGGCCCUGAGAAAUAUCCUCUGUCUCAGGACAUACUGUAUAUCAAUUCUAACAUGUGUUGGUCCAUUGCCAGUGAAUUAAAAUGCAAUAGGCUCAUUCAUUAUAGUAUAAAAUGACUUGUAUUGGCAAAGAUUGGCCUACCUCUUCUUGUUUGUCUAUGAAGUCCAACUCAUAUGAUUUUAUAAGAUAAUUAUUUUUUUAACUCAAAGAGAAACCAUUGUAUGUAAAACGUUCUUGUAUUUUUUUAUUUUAUCAGUAAAUAAAGUAAUCUUUCCAAGUAUUACUGAUGGUUUACUGAAGUGGUUAUCUCUUCAAUUGUUUCUGGGAUGGGUACAAAGAAAAUGUAGGGGAGCAAUGCCCACCCCCUCACACAGACCUAGCCAUGUUGAUAUCAACCAGCAGUUCCAAAACUUUUCAGAGCACGUACAUUCUUGUCCCAAGUGACUACUAGAAUAAUUCAGGGGGUUUCAAAUGGUCUGG